AUGAAAAAAAUUUUAACAAGAAAUGAAUUAAUAAGUUCAUUUAUGUUCGAUAAAAUAAUUGAUUUUUUAAGACCAUGGACUCAUGUAAUAAAACGCACUCAAUCAUCGCGAGUAUCAGCAAUACAUACGGUAGCACCAAAAAUUGAUGACGAAGAUUAUGGUGAUCAACAUGGUUCGUCAAAAGCUUCAUCACAUACACUCGAAAUUGAUUUGCAUUUUAAGCAUGGUGCAGAUAAAAUGACAUCACUAAUGAAUUCUGGUCAAGAAAAUGAAGAAUAUAAUCGAUUAUCAUUUUGA